CCUGCCUCCUUGCUCCAUCUGAUUCCUCUGUCACUUGUCUCCCUGGACCAGCAGCCAUGGCUGAUAUGAAAACAGGUGUAUUCGCAAAAAAUGUCCAGAAAAAGCUCAGCAGAGCUCAAGAAAAGGUCCUUCAAAAAUUAGGAAAAGCAGAUGAAACAAAAGACGAACAAUUUGUGGAAUAUGUGACGAAUUUCAAAAGGCAGGAGGCGGAGGGUACCAAACUACAGAGAGAGUUGAGAGCAUAUUUGGCUGCUAUAAAAGGUAUGCAAGAAGCCUCCCUAAAACUUACAGAAUCUCUCCAUGAAGUCUAUGAACCAGAAUGGUAUGGAAGAGAUGAAGUCAAAAUGGUGGGAGAGAAAUGCGAUGUGCUUUGGGAAGAUUUCCAUCAGAAAUUAGUGGAUGGCGCAUUAAUAACACUUGAUACAUACUUAGGGCAAUUUCCUGAAAUAAAGAACCGAAUUGCCAAGCGAAGUCGAAAGCUGGUUGAUUAUGACAGUGCAAGGCAUCACCUGGAAGCUUUACAGAACUCCAAAAGAAGAGAUGAAGGAAGGAUUUCGAAGGCAGAGGAAGAGUUUCAGAAGGCUCAGAAUGUAUUUGAAGAUUUCAACACAGACUUACAAGAAGAACUGCCUUCAUUAUGGUCAAGGCGGAUUGGUUUCUACGUAAACACUUUCCAAAAUGUAUCCAGCUUGGAGGCAAAAUUUCAUAAGGAAAUCACAGGGCACUGUCACAAGCUGUAUGAGGUGAUGACCAAGUUAGGAGAACAGCAUUCAGAUAAGGCCUUUACUAUCCAGGGUGCCCCAAGUGAUUCAGGUCCACUCCGCAUUGCAAAGACGCCAUCGCCUCCUGAAGAUCUCCCACAAAUACCUAGCCCGUUAGCCAGUCCCAACCACACACUAGCACCGGUGUCAUCACCUGGACCAGCAAGGCCAAAAUCACCAUCGCAGCUGAGGAAAGGACCUCCUGUACCUCCUCUACCCAAACUCACUCCAUCUAAAGAGUUACAGCAAGAGAACAUCAUUAGCUUCUUUGAAGACAAUUUUGUCCCUGAGAUCAGUGUGACAACUCCGUCACAGAAUGAAGCUACGGAACAAAAGAAAGAAGAAUCGUUAUUAGAUUUAGAUUUUGAUCCUUUUAAACCAGAAUCAGCAUCGGCAGGAAUAUCACAAUCUCAUUCUCCAAUGUCCCAGACACUGCCAUGGGACCUCUGGACGACAAAUAAUGAAUUAGUGCAGCCAGUAUCAAGUAGUGCACUUAAUGGAUUGACACAGCCUGAUGCAUCACAGUCCUUGUUGACAAUGUCUACAGAUCAAACAGCAGCUGAUACUGGAACGGUGGAGUCAGAUGUAGCUGCCCCCGAGGAAACCAAGACUGAUGAAGCGCAGUCAAUUUCUGAAGUUCCUGUCGAGGAUACUAACAUUGCAGAACCAAAUGAGUUGGUAGAGAAGACUAUGGAAACGGUGGAGGCAGAGGAAAUCAAGACCACUGAUGAAUCUAAGGAGGUAACCGAGAAAGAACCUCAGGGUCAAGAUGAAAACAUUGCUGAAACCUCUCAAGUUGUCGAAGAAGUAAACAGCUCAGAAACGGAUAACUCUACAGAGGUGGCACCAACUCAGAAGAGUGAUGAAAUUCCAUGUAUCCCAUCAGUGGUGAUAGAGCCAGCAUCUAACCACGAAGAGGAGGAUGAUUAUGAUUACAGUGCUACCUCCCAUGUUGGAAAUGUUGCAGAUACAAUCGAAAAUGAUGCAGUUACAGAUCCCCCUUUGGAUGAAACUCAAGCCACUACCACAGAAGUACCCGUAGCCGAAGCUGAGGAUGCAGCGAUCCAGGACACAAAAGCGAGCUUUCUUUAUAAGGUUGAGGUACUGCAUGAUUUUGAAGCAGCAAAUGAUGACGAGCUCAAUUUAAAGAGAGGGGACAUUGUUCUUGUUACAAGCUCUACAACAACUGCUGAUCUGGAGGCUGGUUGGCUGGCCGGGAUUCGAGAAUCGGAUUGGCUUCAGCACAAAGAUGUGAAUGCCUACAAGGGAUUGUUUCCAGAAAACUUUACUAAGAAAAUAGAGUAAUUGUUUGGUUUUUUUUAAGGCAGGAAAGUGCUGCCAGAUGGCAAGUGAUUCGGGUUAAUUAACCUUAUGUGAACACAGAAAUAUUGUAAGCUACAUUGUCAACUGUUACAGACUGGCUCUAGCACAGAUAAGGCCUGGUGAAUAUUAUCAAAACAAGCAUGAAUGCUUAAGUAAACUAUAUCCUACUCAA